CUGCUUCGUAAGACUUCUAUACUGAAAAGGAACGUACAGAGAAUCUGGCUAUCUAAUUAUUACGGAGCUUCUACUUUACUCACUUAUUCAGCCCAGUACAAAACAUCAUGGAUGCUCACGACCAGGCAGUAGCUGCCAUUGCCUCCAGCGUUCGCAAGUUCAACGAUCGAAAAGUGCCGUUUCGCAUAUAUCAUGGCUCGACAAACAGCACCCGCCAAUCUCAAUAUCGGCGGAAUAGAAUGGUAGACACGAGCGCAAUGUGUCGCGUUUUGAAGAUUGACACUGAGAGGAAGACAGCAUUGGUAGAGCCCAACGUGCCAAUGGACAGUCUUGUGGAAGCUACGCUGCAGCAUGGGUUAAUUCCUCCAGUGGUCAUGGAAUUUCCCGGCAUCACUGUAGGAGGGGGGUUUGCAGGUACUUCUGGAGAAAGUAGCUCAUUCAGAUUCGGAUUUUUUGACCGUACUAUCAACUGGAUUGAGAUAGUCUUGCCUAACGGUGAGAAGGUGACAGCCUCAAGCACCGAGAGAUCGGACCUUUUCUAUGGCGCCGCAUCAUCGUUCGGAACUUUAGGAGUUACUACUCUUCUUGAAGUGCAAUUGAUAGAGGCCAAAGCCUACGUUGAACUGACCUAUCAUCCUGUCUCUAGCAUAUCAGAGGCAGUAGAAAAGAUGGAAGACGCUACAGAUGAUUCCUCAAUAGACUAUCUUGACGGCAUCAUGUACUCCCGAGAUAGUGGAGUUGUCUGCAGCGGACGGUUGACAAACGAUAUUAAGGAAGGAGUUCAAAUUCAGAGGUUCACACGCUCGACUGAUCGUUGGUUCUAUCUGCAUGCAAAGAAACUCAUCAAAGGGACUGCAAGUCCCGUAACUGAGGCUGUCCCGAUUGUUGACUACGUCUUUCGCUACGACCGCGGAGGGUUCUGGGUCGCUGUCUACGCCUUCGGAUAUUUCAUCACUCCAUUCAACCGUAUUACACGGUGGGUCCUCGACAAAUUCAUGCACACUCGCGUCAUGUACCACGCACUACACCAAAGUGGGUUUUCGUCGCAAUACAUCAUUCAGGACGUCGCCAUCCCAUAUUCGAGAUCCGACGAAUUUAUUGAGUAUCUCAACCACGACUUUGGGCACUACCCACUCUGGCUUUGCCCACUGAAAUACAACGGCAAAUCUACCGAUCCUACGCGCAACAGCAUGUCCAUAAAGACAUCCCGCCAAAUGCCAGAAAUGAUGCUUAACUUUGGAGUCUGGGGCCCGGGACCUAAAGGCCGUGAUAAGUUCGUGGAAUGGAACCGUGACUUUGAGCAUAAGGUGCGGGAGCUUGGUGGUCAGAAGUGGCUGUAUGCGCAUGCCUACUACACCGAGGAGGAGUUCAAUGAGAUCUAUGAUCGCAAGACCUACGAUGCGUUGCGGGAGAAGUAUCAUGCGACGUACCUGCCGUCUGUGUACGACAAGGUGAAGGUGGACAUUGAAGCCGAGCAAAAAGCCUUGCAGGAGAGCUGGAAGCUUUGGUUGCUGGCAUUGUUUUGGAGUAUAUGGCCACUCAGUGGUCUGUAUGGAGUGUAUAAGGCCAUGCUUGGAGGAGACUAUCUACUGCCUAGGAACUCGAAGAAGGAACUAAAUAAGCAAUAAAGCUGAGGAGUCUCACCCGGCGGACGCUAGGGUGAGGUAAGUGCUUGAAGCUGCGGGCUGCCCCAACGUUCACAUUUGGGUCAACCAAGGCGUAUCAGUAUACGACUGCAAUCACAGGUCAUAGCCUACUAUCGUUGAGAGCAUGAAGAUGCAUUAUGUGAUUAUUUUACAAAGCGAUGUCUCUUAUCUCUCAUUAUGACUCGUAGAUAAACAGUAGCA